CUAUGUGUUCUCUGUGGCCUUGGUCUUCGGUGUGUCUCCCUUCUUGCAUGCCUGCGAGACCACUAUAUUUGACGUUCGCAGCCUCUGCCCCGCCUUGUCGAGGGCGACGACAAAGUACUUGACGCACUUGUUGUCUGGCCGCACCGGCGUGUUGUGCUCGAAUUUGGUCCUCAGAUGUGAUGCGAUCCUCACGUCAUUGGCGAACACCUGUGGGACAGCGAAUCAACUCAUGAGUACGUGACGUGACGCAGAUGGCUGCUCCUCCCUCCCCUCCUUGUACGCACGUUCCACUUGCUUGUCGUGGUGUCGCCAUUCCAGCUGUAGAACAGGUGGCCGUCCUCGAGGAGCAGGGUCGGUGGGAAAUGAGGCACUGCACCGUGCCAGUCGUGGCGGAAUGAACGAUACGAUUGCAGCUGGAAGCUGUUGACGAACCGCAUCUCCAUCAGCUGCUCGCCCGACCUUGUCACUUCGGUGUAGAAGGGCGCAUUCUUCGGAUGAGAGAAGAAGAAACCGCCCUGCGUGCAGUCAGUCACAACGGCACUCUGCGCUAAUGUGUGACUCGCCCACUCAUGCAGUGCGUGCGAUACUCACCCAUGAUAUCACCUUGUUGCUGUUGGGCAAAGUCUGGUCACACACGCAAAAUCAAACGCGCACACACGGGGUUAGAUAUAUGCACGUGACAGUGGCCAACCGAUGAGCAUUGAUUGGCUUUCUUACCUGCACGUUUCCACAGGCCAUUCCGAACAUGGGCGGGUCGUGCUUGUGCUCCCACACCUGAAGAGAGAGCUCGCAUUGACCGUGAUACUCGCCUGUGCGUGCACAUACCUUCGUCACUUUUUUCCUCGCCUCGUCGACGACGUACUCGACGGCCCGACUCUCUCUCGGCGUCCGCAGGUUGCCGUUAUCUGUGUGCAGGUUGCCGUUAUCUGUAUGGACGCGCUUCUUGUACUUAGCAAGGCAGCGAGUUUGUUUGGCGUACCGAAGAGUGUGAUUUUGUUCGGAGCAGGCAUGCGCGCGUCAUGUUGCAUCGAGAAGCCGUGAUCGUUGACAAAGUCGAACUGAUUCGAUUUGCCGCCCAUGAUCCACAUGACCUCGCCCGUCUUGCGGCUGAUCUUGAUGAUCUGCAGGGGGUCCCCGGGGGCAUUCACGCAGGGAGGAAGGGAAGGAAAGGAGGACAGUUUAUGAGCAUCCGGUCACACAGACGACACGACUGCCCCCAUACCUACCUCGCUCAAGUGUCUGAGUGAUAGGAUGAUGUUGCCGUCUGGAUGCCACGACAGGGUGUUGGGAUGCAUGUGGUCCCAUUCGCCUGAAGCCGUUUCAAGUCCAGCAGUGAGAUGGGCAUCGAGUGCAUUUGCACAGCUCGAGCUCACCAUUUCUCUUUUGGAAGACCGAAUCGCGAAACUGGUUGGGCCUGCACACAGACACCACCACUACUGAGUCGGGUGUGUAUCUGGCUUGGUUGCUUUUGCUUACAAGUGGUUCCAGCUAUUCCACUCAAAGACCACAUGCCCAUUCGCGUCUUGUUCCUGGAUGAUAGUCCCGUGAACGCCUUUCCUGAUGUCUUCGCCCAUCACAAGCGCAUGACCAUCCUCCGCACGAACCGCCAAGUCAUGUGAGUUGGUCCUAUAGCUGCAAGCACACAACCAGCACAGACAGACAGACAGACAGGCAGACAGUGCAUAUUCCUUGAUGGUGGGUCAUCCCUCUUGUCUCCCUACCCUCCUUUGAUCCUGACAUAUCGUCGCUGCUUGUACGUCUUAUCCAUGAGGGUAAAACCCGCGUUGGAUGGCCGAUGAACAGAGAGCAUCCCAUUGUCCAGGACCUUCAGGUCGCGCGUGCUCCAGUUGGCGAAGCCUGUGUUCUUAGGUUCCCUCUGCACCCACACAGGCUCUCCUUCCUCCGUGAGGAUCAUCAGCACGCUGCCGUAGGGAUGCUCUGCGUCUGCCAUGGACUCGGUGAAGAUAUGGCCGCCUGCAGUGGCACCCUUGCGAACCGGCCCUAAGACCUCGAUCGUUGGCGGCAUGUGUUUCCUGAGCGUUCUGUAGUUGGACGGCGACUUAGUCACUCGCCGUCCAGGGGCCCCCCAUUCCUUCGAGGGCGCCCACGUUGUGCGGCCAUCCAGUAGGCCGUCCUGGCCUGCUUGCUGCGCACGAAGGGUCGCGUUGCCGUAGAUGGAAGAGAAGGCCGAGAUGCUCCGGGCUGGGUCUGGGGGCGCCUCAUGGCGUAUGGUGAACGACCACUCGAAGCCAGGAAUGGGCGCGUGGUUCGGGUGCGGCCCUUGGCUGCCGUCGAUCGUCACGGCCACCCUCUCCCCCAGAGAAAAUGGCGCACGGCUCUCCAGCACGAUGGUCCUCCUGUCAUCAGCGACGUUGACCUUGGCGCGGUGAUGCCUGCCCGUGACGCUGCCCUCCACCCGAAUUCCGUCCCUCAAGGCCAACAGGGUGGCCUUCUUCUUGUUGAAGUGGACAGAGCUGAACCGGAUGGCCAUGGUCGUGUGGGGCGACACUCCCGACGCAUUGACGGGUGGAUGAAGAUAGGCCACAUCGGGAUGACGCAGCGGCUCCGCUGGCUGGAUCUUGAGCGCGUCGGAUGUCUUUCUGAGGGUUUUGUGGCGCCGAUGGUGCUGGCCCGAGGUCUUCUUGCCGUCUGAAGGACGGGAAAGCAGGAACGUGAAGAACGGUCUUACUGCGGCUGUCCUUUUCUGAUACCUUCGCCCUGAGGCAGGGCAGGGUAUGGGGUGAGCGCCAGUAGGAAGGGAAACAGAAUAAGUCGGCCCAGCUGAGUCAU